GACAUUGCACUGUGACACUCGUUCCAAAUAACAAAGUAACGAAGCAGGAGGGAGGGAUUCAUAUCGUUUUAGAUGCAAGAGGGUGUGUGGCUCUGAAUCACUUUUGGAACAGCUGUUUAUCCACCUCUGCUGCUUUAAAGUCUGAAAAUGUGUGGGAAUAUUGACAGUCUUACCCUUAGCUGCUAUCAAGAACAUUUGGCCUGUACAAACCUGCACAGAAUAUACAAUGGAAGCAUAUGGUCGUUUAUCAACUCUGGCAGAAGUAUCACCUUGUUAUCUGCUUAAGGUAAGAGUGAUCAGAGCAAGGAAUCUCCGGCGAGCAGAUAGCUUAAACCAUACCGAUUGCUAUUUGAUCCUAUGGCUACCAACGGCUUCUUCUGUACAGUUCCAAACAAAGACUGUUCAAAAUUCUAAAGACCCAGUCUGGAAUGAAACUUUCCAUUUCACGGUCCAGAGUAAAGCCAAGAACAUCCUGGAGCUGGGUGUCUAUGAUGAAGAUGCCUGCCAAGAUGAACAUCUUUUCACAGUGUGCUUUGAUAUAGCUGGACUCCCACUAAAUGAAAGAGUUCUUAUGACCUUUCACUCCAAUCCAAAGGAUCAUGAAGAGCUGGAUGUGGAGUUUGAGUUAAGGAAUGCUUUGAGUGCUCCUGAAACCAUAAUUACAAAUGGAGUUCUUCUGUCUCGCCAAGUUUGCUCUUUGGAAUUUGAUGUGCAGAAGAAAAAAAGACAAAAUUCAAAACAUGGACUAUCCCUUAUGGUGAAAGGAUCCCAUGAAGGACACCAGGAGUAUAGUUUUGGCUCUGACUCUUGCGUGAGACCCUCAUACCAGUCCUCAUUCCACUAUAUCAAAUAUAAGCACCCCGCACUGGAUGUGAAAAUACCGAAGAAGGAUCUAGAUUAUGCCUUUGGUCCAUGUUCCUAUAACAAAGAAAAAAGAUCCCUCAAAGUGGAAAUCAAUUCAAUUCCUACAAGCAAGAAAAUAGUGCUAACAGAGAAUAAUCAAUUUGCAUUGCAUGUGAAGACAGAAGACUGCCAGACCGGCCUAGAUGUGCGCUUGGAAUACGGCCUUUGCACACAGGAGCAAGAUUUCCUGAACAAAAGGAAGAACAUUGUUGCUGGUGCUUUGAAGAAAGUUCUCAGACUAGGAAAGGACUUACAGGACCAUGAGGUUCCAGUAGUGGCAAUUACAACAACAGGGGGCAGUACAAGAUCAAUGACUGCAUUCUAUGGAAGCCUGCGAGGUCUUCAGAAGUUAAAUCUGUUAGACUGUACUACAUACAUAACUGGUUUGUCUGGCACAACGUGGACCAUGGCAAAUUUGUACAAAGAAGCUUAUUGGUCAAAAAAAGAUCUGGAUGAGCAAAUCAAUGAGGUUAAGAGGCACGUGACCAAAAGCAAGCUGGACAGCUUUUCCAUGGAGCGUUUGAAAUAUUACAACAGGCAGCUGCGUCAGCGGAAACAAGAGGGACAAAAGACAUCCUGUAUAGAUCUCUGGGGGCUCCUUAUUGAAUAUUUGUUAAAUGAUGGGAAAGACAACCAUAAACUGUCUGAUCAACAGCAAGCAGUGAAUGAGGGUCAGAAUCCUUUACCAAUCUACACUGCAAUCAACGUGAAAGAGAAGUACAGCACUAUAGAUUUCAAAGAAUGGGUGGAGUUCACACCCUAUGAAGUGGGGAUACUAAAAUAUGGAGCUUUUGUCCGGGCUGAAGAUUUUGGAAGCGAGUUCUUUAUGGGACGCCUGAUGAAGAGGCUUCCAGAGACUCGGAUCUGUUACAUGCAAGGCAUGUGGAGUAGUAUAUUUUCCCUGAAUUUGCUGUAUUUCUGGAAUACAUCUCACAGCUCAGAGGACUUCUGGCACAAGUGGACACAAGACCAAAUAGCUGAUAUUGAUGAAGAGCCUCAUCUACCUACUAGACCACAUGAGCAAAAGACACAUCUGUACACACCCGCUGGACCGCUAUCCAGUGCUUUUAGAAAUGUGCUUACUGAUCGCCUAUCAGUUGCCCAGUAUCACAAUUUUCUCAGAGGUCUUCAGCUCAACAACAGCUACCUAGAGAAUGAUACGUUUCAUAGAUGGAAAGAUACUGUACUAGACUCUUCUUCACCCAAUCAGCUGACCCAAACAGAAGAUUACUUGUCUCUAAUAGAUACCGGAUUCUUCAUCAAUACUAGCUCUGCACCUCUACUGAGAAAAGAGAGGAAGGUGGACGUUAUCAUACAUUUAAAUUACAGUGCGGGAUCACAAUCGUUGCCCCUGAAGCAAUCCUGCAAGUACUAUGCAGAACAAGGAAUCCCAUUUCCAAAAGCUGUGCUGAGUGAAGAUGACAAACAUUUGAAGGAAUGCUAUUUAUUUGAUGAUGUCGAGAAUCUAGAAGCACCAAUAUUAGUAUUUUUUCCACAAGUGAAUGACACCUUUCGCUACUACAAAGCACCUGGUGUAAAACGCUCUGAGUCAGAAAUGAAAGAAGGCAAAGUUGAUGUCUCCAGUAACUGCACCCCUUAUUCUACUUACUCACUGACAUUCAGUAAGGAAGAGUUUGAUCAACUGGUGGAGCUGAGUGAAUACAAUAUUCUGAACAACCAACAUCUGAUCAUGCAGGCUUUGCAUACAGCAGUGGAACGGAAAAAAACACUUAAGUAAUCUUUUACUGAGUCCUUCUCUGUAUGGAAUGAGGUGCUGAAAUGUGGUCCUAAACUCUCUGGGUGUUCUUAAGUCUAAGUGAAUUCAACUUUGGUUGCACCAAAGGGCUGUACCAGAUAAGCCAAGCUAUUUGAUUUGGGGCAGCAACAGAAGUCAUCUUUUUCCGGCACUUGUAGUUCUUUUAUGAAUGACUGGUAUUCUAAAUCAGCAUGUCACACACCUGUAAACUAGACAUCAGCUGUGCUGAUUCCCCAAAGCUGGUUGCUGUGAAUCUAUUUAUACUAAAAGAAUCAAGGAUUAUUACAUUCAUGUCUUACUUAUGGGCUUCCCAUAGGCACCUGGUUAGAAGGGACGGAAUGAUUGGUCACUUUUGGUUCUCUCAGUUUCUCACUAUUCCAAUCUUAAAUCUAAUGGAAAUACUUCAGCAUUUUAGUGUGAAUUUUUCCUAACAAAUACAUGUUUAUAUGCAUUUUUAACUAAUGUGCAUAUUUUUGCAAGCAAUUUAUUCAGAUAUAAUGCAUUUUGUUUGUUAUUUUCACAAAUAUAUUCAUUUUGUGCACACUUUCCCCUAAUAUAUGCAUUUUUGUCAAACAUUGCUUGGUUGGAGAACUGCAUCGUAAAAUUAGGAUAAGUGCUAAUUUCGAAGGAUGGCUGUGUUUUGGUUCUUGUAUUGUUUUUGGAAAGUGUGGAUUUCAUAAAUUUGGCUUUAAAUGUGAACUGAAUUGAAUUUCUCGCCCAUCCCUACUAGUUAGCCACUAUGAGAUCUGGAUGCCAGACUAGAUGGACUUUUGGUCUGAUCCAGCAGGGCUACUCUUAAAUUCUUAACUUAGGAACAUACCAAUUGUCCCCCCAAAAUCAAUAGUAUAGCUCCAAAUCAAAAUCCAAAUUGGUUUCAUUUUUGGAUUUGUUGCUACUGUUGGGGGCUAUUGACAUUUGGAAGCAACUUACAGUGAUCUGCCAGCACAACCCUAUGCAUAUUUACACAGAAGGAAGUCUCACUGUGUUCAGUGGCACUGUCAGGAAAGAGCUUUACCCGUGUAUUUGAUUGUUGCAAAUGAUUUGGAGAAUCUCAAACAAUGAUCAAGAAAAAACGAUAAGAAAUAAUCAAUGGGGGAAAUACGAUUAUUGAUUGCUUACACUGGUAGAAAGGUUAAAUUAAGACCUACUACACACCAUUCAACUUUAAAUAAUUUUGAAGUUCACCACCACACAGUAGGCACGGUUAUAAUGUCUUACUCAUGCCUGAUCAGCCUCGCAGCACAUCUUUUGCCACUUGCGCUCUAGCCGUUGUCCAACCUGUUUCAUUACCCUUAAUUCACUGGUGUACCAAGGUGUGAACCAGGCUUCAAAAUGCCAGAGACAGCACUCAGUGGCAACUGUGUUAAGAGUCCGAUGCAUCUUGUUGUUCCACAGCAUGACAAGAGCUUCAACAGAGUCACCUGCUCUAUCUACUGGAAACUCCCCCAAAGCAUUCAGGAAUCCAGUGGAUUCCAUUAGUCUCCAGGGAUGGACCAUAUUAACCUGUCCACCACCCCUGCAAGGGAGGAUUGGAGCCGUAAGUCUAAACUUCACCAGGAAGUGGUCUGAUCAUGACAAUGGGGUUACAUCCACCUCCCUGUCUCCAGACCACCCCUUCCUCCAUCUGGAGCAAAAACCAAGUUGAGGGUAUGCCCUGCCCUAUGUGUAGGACUGAUGACAACUUGAGAUAGCCCCUUGGUUGUCAUGGAGGCCAUGUAGUCCCAAGCCAGAGCACUAGAGGCAGCAUCAGCAUGGACACUGAAAUCACCCAGAACUAUCAUUCUGGGUAAUUCCCUUAGCUUUAUUCCCUCCCCAAUCUUAGGUUGCUUCCAGAUGGCCCAUUUAAUGACCAUUCAGCCUGACUUGUCUGCAGAGAGAUUUGAUGUUGUAGGCUAUUUAAUGAGCAUUUGCCUUGUUUGUGACACAAUUAGACAAUGGCUGCCUGAAUUUGCAGGGUUGUGAUUAAAUCCCACUCAAAAAUAGUGACCAUCUGGAAGCACCCUUAUUGUUGCUUUGGGUUCUCCUAUUCUCCCCUUAGUGGGGAUGUGACAAAAAUUGAUCCAGUUUGCAUUUAAAGGCAUAUCUAUUUAAUUCACACUUUUGAAACAAUAUGCAAAUUGAAACCCAGCCAUUCCUUUUGAAUUCACACCUUUCAGAAUUUUGCAAUGCAGUUCAAGUAAAGUAUGCAAAAAUGCAAUUGCAAAAAUGCAUAUAUUGGGGUAUCGUUCCAAUUUUAGUAUAUGUGCUGCCGAAAAAUUAUAUAUUCAUGAAAACAAGAUACAGCACAUUAUAUUAUGGAAAAUUGCUUCACAAAAUCAAGUACAUUAGGAGAAAAUUAUACUAAAAUGCUGAUGAAUUUUCAUGAAACUCAGAAAGUAGUGCUGGGAGACUUCUGCUUGACCCCCUGGCUGUUGGCCUACGGGGUACAGCAGGGUUCCAUUCUGUCUCCCAUGCUCUUUAACAUUUAUAUGAAACCACUGGGAGAGGUCAUCUGGAGAUUUGGAGUGCAAUGUCAUCAAUAUGCUGAUGACACUCAACUCUAUCUCUCCCUACCACCUGAUUGCAGGGUGGGAGUGCUCGUCCUAAACCGGUGCCUGGAGGCUGUGAAGGGCUGGAUGUGGGCUAACAAACUGAAACUUAAUCCAGACAAGAUGGAAGUGUUGCUGGCCAAGGGGAAAACUGUCCCAGGGAUAGGGUUGCAACCUGUUUUGGAUGGGGUUGCACUCCCCUUGAAGGAGCAGGUCCACAGUUUGAGAGUUCUUCUGGAUCCUGCCCUGCUGCUGGAAUAUCAGGUGACUGCGGUAGCCAGGAGUGCUUUUGGCCAUCUCAAAAUUGUCUACCAGCUGCUUCUGUUCCUGGGAGCAGUUGACUUGGCCACAGUGACACAUGCAUUGGUGACAUCGAGGCUUGCUUACUGUAAUGCACUCUACGUGGGGCUGCCUUUGAAAACGAUUUGGAAACUACAGUUGGUCCAAAAUGCAGCAGCCACAAUGUUAACGGGAGCAUAGCACAGGGAGCAUAUCACCCCUGUGCUUUAUCGAGUCCGCUGGCUCCCAAUUUGUUUCCGAGCCCAAUUCAAAGUGCUGGUUUUGACCUUUAAAGCCCUAAAUGGCCUUGGACCAGUGUACAUAAGGGACUGCUUACGUCCAUAUGUUCCUACCCUGGAUUUAAGAUCAUCUGCCUCUGGUCUCCUCUGCGUGCCUGGAAAGAAAGAAGUUAGAUUGACAGGUAUGCGGAAGAGAGCCUUUUCAAUUGUGGCUCCCAGACUUUGGAAUUCCCUGCCCCAAAAAGCCUGCUUUGCUCCCUCCCUGAUGGUCUUCCAGAAACUUGUAAAAACUAUUUUGUUCCAGAGUGCCUUUGGUUGGGACUGACGGGUCAGCCUGACACCGUUUUAAGUUUUUUAUCUUUUAUUUUUAUUUUUUAAGUUCUUUUAUUCUCACUCUCUUAUAUGUGUAUGCACAUAUAUACAUGUAUGUAUGUUUUUAUGGCUGUGUAUGUGUAUGCAUAAUGCAUUUUAUGUAUUUUAAUUGUAUUUUAUGCAUUUUAAUUUACUGUAAUGUUUGUGUUUUUAUUGUGUAUUUUACUAUAUAUGUGUGCUAUUUUAUUGUAGCCGUCCUGAGUGCCCUAUUGUAGGGUAGAAGGGUGGGAUAGAAAUAUUUUAAAUAAAUAAAAUAAAUAUACUUUCUAUUUCAAGAAAUCCCUAUGCGGUUUUCAUGCUGCUAGAUUCCCAUCAGCCACAGUCAGCUUGGCCAAUAGUCAGGAAUGAUGGGCGUUGUAGUCCAACAAUAUAUCAGCUAGCCCAGGUACACAGCAUGAAUCUGUGCAGAAAGUCAAUGAGACAUAUUCUCUCUCUUCCCUGCACAUGCUGUAAGGAUGGCAAAUCAUUCAAGGCAAUUUAACUGCUCUGCAGAAAUUUCACAGCUCCAUCAAUUGGUGACCGAAAUCAGUAGCACAUCCAAACUUGCAAGUACAACAAUAAAUUUUGCUCUGUGGUUAAGUUCACAUAUGAAGGCAGGCUCCUCUUAUGUGUGAAACUGCCUUGCUAGAUGCUUUAAGGGAAUAAAAAAACCACAUACACACUUAUACUGAGUACUACAUGUGCUCUAAUCAUUGCCCUGUUUGACAGGCAUUAAUUAAAUGAUGUCCCAGUUACAGCCUGCUGUGAAGUGCCAAUGGCCCAUUUAGGGAGUGAGAAAUGGGAUCCAGACCCUUUUCGGUUCUACAAAGGCAACUGGCGCCAUCAAGAACUCUGAGCCAUCAAAUGCAGUGAUGUCUAUGCAAAUUAUAUAUACUUUUUCAAAGGUAUCCAUAACAAAAUGUUGAAAUUUUGAUGAGUCACAGAAAUGCUGCCUCUGGAAUGCAGCCCUCAAUAUAUUAACAUUUAUCACUAGGUAGUUUUGUACUUUUCUUUUAUGUAAACUUCCCUGGGGAUUUCUAUUGAAAUGGAUUUUUUA